AUGGUCAAAGUUUUUGCAAAACUAUUUUAAGCCGUCUGGAAUGACUAAUUACCCUUAAAAUUACAUAACAUGCAGGCGCAUAAAGAGUUAAGGCUCAGAAUUGGCCUCCAUGAUAACCUAUUGAAAUCACACAAAUAUCUGUCUCCAAGAUUGAGAUCAAUUAUUUCCCUCUGCAUGAAAACCCCAUGGUCAUUUAUCAGUUCUUGGAGCAUGUCUGCAGAAUCUUUUUGGGUCUAUUACAAGGGGUACAGCUAUAGAAUGUAGACAAAACUUUGCCAUGAGAGGUCGGCGACUUCUUCACAUGGUGGUCCUGAUCAUGUGCGCCUACAUUCUGGUUACUGUUUAUUUCUACAAGAGUGUGUUCGAGAGAGGGCAGGAAGUUAGGCAGUCCGACGACUACAGUUCAGUGUUCGAAUAUGAUGAAGACAAAUCAGAAACGAAAGUUGAUCGGAAGUUGAAAGGACACAGUGAUCGCGUUUUCUUAAAUGGAAAACUACACCAAAACAGUGUACGAAAAGAUAAAUUUAAUGAUCAUACUGAAGUAUCAGAAAAUUCCGGAAAAUUUACUUCAUCCAGGAAACAGUCCUUCAAGAAGGAGGAAAUAUCAAAGAAAACAACGGUUUCUAAGUUCGAAAUACUUGAGGAAGAAGAAUUUGAUAGGAAACUUAGAGAGAGUGCCAUAAGAAUUGCAGAGAAAAUUCUACAAAAUAAAAUGAAUUUUUAUCAAAACAAAACGGCUAGCACCACAAAGUCAGGGUCUUACCAAAGACCUAUAUUUACAAAAACAAGUUUUAUGGAGUAUAAAACUUCAAAUAUUGCCAAGAAGAUGUUAACAACGAAGAAGCAUUUUGCUGAGCAAUCAGAGUUUAUUCGAAAUCCUAACAUAACAAUGUCAACUGAGAAUUAUAACUUUAGAGAAAUAUUUCCUUAUAAUGGGAUAUAUUUAUAUUCUUCCUUUUUUGAUACACGCGAGGAAGGAAAUUUUAUUCGUUUUAUACUGAUCGGUAGAGCACGUAAUUUCAUCAGAUUGUGGUGUCUUUUGCAAAGCAAUGACACUGACGAGGUUUUCAAAUCUGAGGUGCAGUUCUACCCAACGUGUGAAAGCCACGUUAAAGAUAACUCAGUUUAUCUGUGCUCAUGUGAAGUACCCCCAAAAUUUGGAAGGGUUCAAAAUGUAAAUUUGACUAACGAUGAAAAUAUGAAGCACAUUGUACCCAUAAGUGUUAUACCUGAUGUCACUGAACAACAGUUUAAAUUCAAGUUUUCCACAUGCGUCCCUCCUUUGUUUGGAGAUAUCAAUAUAUUACGAUUAACUGAAUUUAUCGAACUGUCCAGAAUGUUAGGUACAGAACAUAUUUAUUUUUACUACAACAGAGAAAGACGUGAUAUCAACCGAUUACUUCAGUAUUAUUCAGAACUGGGGAUUGUUACACAUUUCCCAUGGAAUUUGACAAUGGAGUCACAUGAAAUUUGGUAUCAUGGACAAUCCGCUGCUAUUUGGGAUUGCAUGUAUAGAAAUAUACGCGUGUCGGAGCUUGUGUCUUUUAAUGACAUUGACGAAUUUAUCGUUCCUCAACAAACAGAAACAUGGAAUUCCAUGUUACCUUAUUUACACACAUUGGCCAGGGAUUCCCUUUCAAAGCAGGAAGAUGUGGCUGUGUUUAGAUUUCAAAGUGUUUUCUUUGAUUCUAACUUUGUAAACCAAGAGCCAGUCAAAAAUGAUGAAUUUAUUCAACUUCUGACAUCAAACGUUACAAUGCGAACUUCAACAGUCAGUAAAGUUAGAACAAAAAUGAUUGCUUAUCCAUUAAGAGUUUUUGAACUAGGAAUUCAUCAUUUAAGUAGACCUAUUAAAGAAAAUUUUAAGACCGUUUCAAUUCCAGAAACCAUUGCUUUAAUAUAUCAUUAUCGAACCUGUGAUUGGAACUAUGGCAUGAACUGUGAUAGAAUUGUCAAAGAUGAUUCAAUGUAUAGAUAUAGAAAAGAAUUACUAAGACGUGUGAAAAAUACACUCAAUAGGGUAGACUAUUUAAAAACAACUCCACGCUCAGACACUAGUAAUAUAAUGAAACAAGUUGAUGCAAACAACAGUUAGUAAAACCAAUAAACUGAUCAAAUACAGCACUGAUUUACUUA